CGCGAUGUCUCCAUGGUGCUGUUGGUAAACAGAAGGCUCGGAGACAUCCGGAGUGAGCCCCGCCGGCAGCAUGGCACCAAAAAAGAAAAAGGGAAAAGCUGGCAAGAAAGCAAAAGCACCAACUGUGAUUGAUGGCAUUUCCACAGAGGAUAUGUCUAAGGAGCAGUUGGAAGAACAUAUUGUUCGGCUACGUGAAGAGCUUGACAGGGAACGAGAAGAACGGAAUUACUUUCAGCUUGAACGUGAUAAAAUCCAUACGUUUUGGGAGAUCACAAAACGGCAGCUGGAGGAGAAGAAGUCAGAAUUAAGAAACAAAGACCGAGAAAUGGAGGAUGCAGAGGAACGGCAUCAGGUGGAAGUUAAGGUCUACAAGCAAAAAGUCAAACAUCUGUUAUAUGAACACCAGAAUAAUCUUGCUGAGUUGAAGAUAGAAAAUACAGUGGCCCUGAAACUGGGGCAAAAGGAGCAUCAUGACCAGGAACGUCAUUUAGUAAAUGAUAUGAGAAACCUAAAGCUGGAACUGAAGGAACAGGAGCUCUCUAAUGAAAACAUGGUGAAAACCUUGAAGCUGAAAAAUGAUGAAGAAAUUACAAGAUUGUGGAGUGACUUUGAGAAACAAACAGAAGAUAUCGAAGCCAAGUAUCAGAAGAAGAUGGACAUGCUGCGUGAAGAGAUGGAAUUGAAAAGAAAAACAGAGAUUCAUGAAAUUGAAGAGAGAAAGAAUAGUCAGAUCAACGCAUUGAUGAAAAAUCAUGAAAAAGCUUUCAGUGAUAUUAAAAAUUACUACAAUGACAUCACUCUUAACAACUUGGCACUCAUUAAUUCAUUGAAGGAACAAGUGGAAGAAAUGAAAACAAAAGAAGAACGAAUGGAAAAUGAAAUGGCAGACCUUCGCAUUCAGAACAAACAUCUGACAGAGCCCCUUCAGAAGGCACGGGAAGAGGUGGCAAGACUUACCAAACUUUUGGCUAAUUAUGAGCAGGAUAAAGGUUUCCUUACACGAGCUAGAGCAAAGCUUAAAAUGUUGGAUAAGGAAAUGAAGCAAUUCAGGUGGGAAUAUGAAGUACUGGAGCAGCGCUUUUGCAAGGUUCAAGAAGAGCGAGAUCAGCUGUACAACAAGUUUGAAAAGGCCAUUCAGGAGGUUCAGCAGAAGACAGGUUUGAAGAAUAUUAUUCUUGAACAAAAACUUAAUGUGCUGUCAGACUGCUUGGAGAAAAAAGAAGCACAACUGAACGAGGUGCUUGCUGCUUCCAACCUUGACCCAACUGCACUCACUAUGAUCACUCGCAAACUGGAGGAUGUUCUGGACUCGAAGAACAAUGUAAUCAAGGACUUACAGUAUGAAUUGGCUCGUGUUUGUAAGGCUCACAAUGACUUGCUGCGAACAUAUGAGUCAAAACUUACUGCAUUCGGAAUUCCACUAGAGGAGCUUGGAUUCAAACCACUGGAAACGGCCUUGUGUGGCCAGACUAUUGGUCAGGGUCCAGCUGGACUGGUUGCUUCUGGGACAUAAAUUGACAAUAAAUUACACUUCCCUGUGAUAUCAAUAAAUGUAAUCGAUAAUAUUUCUAAUUAUGAUGCAAUAGAAAUUUAUCUGAACGUCUACUGGUCAUGUUCUAGGCCAAUAUUGUGAGUGCAUUACUAAGGGUCUUCUGUAGAGGUGAAGUAACAUCUUUGGAUUAUGAUAAAACACACAGCACAUUCUGGUAGUUCAGAUUGUAUGUUAGAAAUACCAUGGUAUAAUUUGAAGAAGAUCUCUUGGUUUUGUGUUCAAGAUUCCUUUCUCAACUGGUGACUCCCAAAGCAGAAAAACAAUCAUUGAUCUUACACUUUCUGUCAGAUUCCACUUCUAUGAAAAUAGCCAUUUGGCUGUCUAGUCUUUUUAGAAAUGAAAACGAACAAAAUGUAAAAAUACCUUGUUUUGUGAACAUGUUCUCUCUUUUUAAAUGAAUAAAUUUUUCAUAUAUGUA